UUGGGUGAUAAUGUUCUUCCUCCAUGACUAUGGUCUACUGAUAGAAGAAAGAACGAAAGAAAAAGAACAUGAAGAGCCACACACAGCUUUCAAAUUUGGUCACUCUAUUCAGAUUCUGCGUUCCGUCUUCUUCUUCUUCAAUUUCUCGUAUCAACCACAUCGCUCUCACUACUACAAUCAAUUACAGUAAGUUGAAAUUCGCUUCGGUGAGAACUCUACUGAAAGCGAAGAACCUCCCACUCUCGCUCUCUCCACGCGCCUUCGUUGCUAUUUCCCCUCUCAAUGUUGCUGCUAAUUACCUACGUAAUUUCCGCGUUUCUGGCAGUUACAUUUGCAGUGGAACCCUUUUAGGUGUUUCAAUCAUAUCUGCACCAGUUAUAGCUCAUGCCAUGGAUGCUGGGGAUGCAUUGGUGGAUGAUCAUGAAUUACAGGACCUCGCAGAGGAGGAAGAAAAUGGGCAAUACUUUUGGAGAUUGGCUAGAAAAUUUUGGCUUCCUAUUUUUUUCUUUAUCACGGUGUUGACAAACUUGGAUGACUCAAUUACAAUAUUUUGCAUUAAACUUACUUUAUUCCUCCUCAGCACAAAACCCAACCCUUUCUCCGUCUAUGUAUUUGUUGAUCAGUUGUGUCAAAAAUUUAUGCGCCAAGAUGCUGGAUUUCUUAAACUAAAGUCACUAUACGCCAGCAAAGUUGAAGUACAGGACUAUAAGCUUCUUUGCUUGGCUGCUGUUGAAGUAAGAGAUCAAAAGUUCACUUUGGUUGGAAUUCUUGGUAGCUGGUGGACUUUGCCACAUUUUCAAUUUUGGGAAGCAUUCUCUGUUGUCAGAAACAGAAUUGGAAGUAUCUUGGUGAAAACAACUUAACCAGGAAGUUGUUUUGCCCCUUCUGGAGCUUCAACAAAACCAUUGAAGAAGAAAAUGAGAGACAGGAAGAAUAGAUGAAUGAGGAAAUAGACGAACUGUCUAUGCUAAAAGGUCAUUCCCUUCUUGUUGCUUGAUGAGUUUCACAUGCAAAUUUUCAUUCCUUGUUUCAUGCAUUCUACUCAAAUCUCGCAUAGCUAGUGAGUUUCAAAAGUCAUAUCUUUGUAAGAUAUCAACAUGUCAAGUUUUGUCAGACUCAGCUCCUAUGCUUCCUAUGUCACUCUUUUGAUAUUUGAAGUUUUA